AUGGCAACAGAGACACGGCUGGGAUGGCAACAACUGUUUCUGAUCCUCACAGUGCUGCCUUGCUGUAGGACUUUGGAGGUUUCUAUUCCACAGCAACAAUACAAAGUCUCAAAAGGAGAAGACAUUACAUUGACCUGUUCCUUCAUUACAACCAGACCAGAUUUCAGCUUGCUCGUCAUCAGAUGGUCAUCAUACUUCCAGGACAAUCCAGAUGAGCCAAUGCAACGCAUAGCCACCUUCUAUACAGACAAUUUGGUCGACAUCGUGCCUGAAUAUGAAAACAGAGUCAGAUUGGAGGUUGACGUCGAUAAAUGCAUAAGCACACUCCACUUGACAAAGGUGACUAUGCAGGAGAGCCGUUCAUUCCACUGCAGUGUCUUGAUCCCCACUGAUGAUGAGGGAAUAACUUCUGCCACCACUUCCCUUUUGGUUCUGGAACCUCCCUCUAGGCCCCUCUGCACAAUUCAGGGGAAAGCAGAAUAUGGGCAAGACAUCACCCUCACCUGCAAGUCUGAGGAAGGAUCCCCAAAACCCAGCUAUGAAUGGAAUAGCUACAGUGUCCAAAACAUGCCCAGACCAUUUCCGCCAAAGACAACUGAAGUGAAUGGAAGCCUAUCAUUAUUCAAUAUUUCCCAAGAGACAUCUGGGUUCUUCGUUUGCACGUCAACCAAUGAAGUUGCUUCCACCAGCUGCAACCUCACCUUAGCUGUGGUGCCAGCCAGUAUGAACAUAGGGUCUACUGCAGGUAUUAUUGGAGGAGUCCUCGCAGGUUUACUGUGUCUAGUGCUUCUCAUCUUCUGUUGCUGCCGGAAGAAGGACCAAAAGGAACAGAAUGCUGAAGGUUCCCCUGAAGACAUGGACUUUCAUGACAAAGAUGCUCCUGAAGCUGGAGAGCAGUACCGGGAUUACACAAGUGAAGCAAAGCCACAGGUUUACCAAGACAAAGCUGUUUCUCACAACAGUUACAGCGAUCUGCAUAAUCAUCAUGGUGGAAGCUGUGAUCGUCUCGUUUACAAUCAGUACUUAAACUGA